AUGGCGGGCGGCGUGGUGGUGAACGCGGCCGGGGGCAAGGAGUACCCCGGCCACAUGACGGCGUUCGUCUUCUUCACCUGCCUGGUGGCGUCCUCGGGCGGGCUCAUCUUCGGCUACGACAUCGGCAUCUCCGGCGGCGUGACGUCCAUGGACUCGUUCCUCCAGGAGUUCUUCCCCUCCGUGUACGCCCAGGCCGAGGCCAGCAAGGACACCAACCAGUACUGCAAGUUCAACAGCCAGCUGCUGACGCUCUUCACGUCGUCGCUGUACCUGGCGGCGCUGGCGACCUCGUUCGUCGCGGCGUCGGUGACGCGCGUGUUCGGGCGCAAGUGGUCCAUGUUCUGCGGCGGCGUCACCUUCCUGGCGGGCUCGGCGCUCAACGGCGCCGCCACCGACGUGAUGAUGCUCAUCCUGGGCCGCAUUCUGCUCGGCGUCGGCGUCGGCUUCGCCAACCAGUCGGUGCCGCUCUACCUGUCGGAGAUGGCGCCGGCGAAGCUCCGCGGCAUGCUCAACAUCGGGUUCCAGCUCAUGACCACCAUCGGCAUCCUGGCGGCGAACCUGAUCAACUACGCGACCGUGGGCAUCGCCGGCGGCUGGGGCUGGCGCGUCGGGCUGGGGCUCGCCGGCGUGCCGGCGCUGGUGAUCACGGUCGGCGCGCUGGCGCUGCCCGACACGCCCAACUCCCUCAUCGCCCGCGGCUACCGUGAGGACGCCAAGGCGGUGCUGGUGAAGAUCCGCGGCACCGACGACGUGCACGACGAGUACGCCGACAUGGUGGCGGCGAGCGAGGAGGCGAGCGCCAUCGCGCACCCGUGGCGCAACAUCCUGGAGCCCAAGUACCGGCCGCAGCUGACGGUGGCCGUGCUCAUCCCCUUCUUCCAGCAGCUCACCGGCAUCAACGUGAUCAUGUUCUACUCGCCGGUGCUGUUCCUGACCAUCGGCUUCGGCGACGACGCGUCGCUCAUGUCCGCCGUCAUCACGGGGCUCGUCAACAUGUUCGCCACCGUGGUGUCCAUCGUCACCGUCGACCGGCUGGGCCGCCGCGCGCUCUUCCUCCAGGGCGGCACGCAGAUGUUCAUCUCCCAGAUCGUGGUGGGCACCCUGAUCGCGCUCCAGUUCGGCACCGCCGGCGUCGGCGAGAUGUCGCGGUCCAACGCCAUGCUGCUGGUGCUCUUCAUCUGCCUCUACGUGGCGGGCUUCGCCUGGUCGUGGGGCCCGCUCGGGUGGCUCGUCCCCUCGGAGGUGUUCUCGCUGGAGAUCCGGUCGGCCGGGCAGAGCAUCGCCGUGUGCGUCAACAUGACGCUCACCUUCAUCAUCGGCCAGGCCUUCCUCAGCAUGCUCUGCACGCUCAAGUUCGGCCUCUUCUACUUCUUCGCCGGCUGGAUGUUCGUCAUGACCGCCUUCGUCGCGCUCUUCCUGCCGGAGACCAAGGGGGUGGCCAUCGAGGAGAUGAACCUCGUCUGGAGCCAGCACUGGUUCUGGGGGAGGUACGUCACCGUCGACGGCGACGGCUCGCGGCGCGGCGGCGGCAACCGCAGAACGAGCGGCGUCUGA